AUGUUCUUCUUCUCUGUGGUGAUGGUGGUGGUCCCAUGGAUCCUUGCUCCUCACGGGGCCGAUUCUGCAUUUUCCAUGUGCCAGAGUUUGGACCUUGAGGUGGCACGGGCCAGAAGGAUUCAGGCAAUCCGAGGCCAGAUCCUAAGCAAGCUGCAGCUGGAGACGCCCCCCAAGCAAGACGGGGCGCCCCAUCCUUUGCCCCCCGAGGUGAUGCUCCUCUUCAACAGCACGCAGGAGCUGGUGAGGCAGCUGGCGACCUGCGAGGGACGGCGCACGGCACCGCGCCAGGAUGAGGAAUAUUACGCCAAAGAAGUCCGGCGGGUGGAUAUGUUGACUCUCGGGCACACUGACAAUUCCAUCCUCGGCCCCUUCUCCACUCCUUUCUUCCGAUUCCUGCACUUCGAUCUCUCCGUUGCGCCCCACAACUUCAGCCACCUCGUCCAGGCGGAGCUGAGGAUCUACAAGGUCCCAAAUCCUGGAUCCCACGCCACCGAGCAGCACGUGGAACUCUACCAGCUGAGGAUCUACAAGGUCCCAAAUCCUGGAUCCCACGCCACCGAGCAGCACGUGGAACUCUACCAGCGUUACGUGGGAAGCCGAAUUUUACUCCCCAGGCAUCGGGCCGAGUGGGUGUCAUUUGAGGUCACUGAUAGCGUCCGGCGGUGGCUGCGGAGCAGAGGGAAGAAACUCAGUUUCACGCUGGGGUUGGGCUGUCCCUGUUGUAGUUCCACCCCGGCCUGGAACACAAUCAAUUCCCAGCACAGUAAGCCACUGGAAGCUCUCUUUGCAGGCCUGGAUGACGUCCACAUCAAGGAAGCAUGGAAAGGCUGGUCCAGACCCCCGGAUCUCACCCACAAAGACCCACACCUGAUCCUCACAUUGCUGCCCCCAAACCAGGUGGACCCUGCUCCGAAGGGCCGGCAUCGCCGGGCAGCUAAGCCCCCCAACUGCCCCAGGUGA